UUCGUGUUUUCCUAUUCUAUCACAGCAACAAGGGUGUGUUCGAUAUAGCUUGCCGAACCACAGGAUUGCUUAUCUGACACUACAAGUUGCUUGCCAUGGAACGACCGUCAAGACUCUCUACGCGAUCAUGGGGUCGCAAGCUGACGUCAUCCUUGGUCGAUUACGGUCGUCGUCUGGAGUCCAUGUCAAACAUUAUGCGACCCCGGAUAUCUCCGAGGAAGAAGUCAGGAGACUUUCACACCACGUUUUCUGCGCUGUACCCCAGCAUGGACUUGGCUGAUUCUCUAUGGGACGAUCGCACACCUCUGGAACAACUGCUUUCGAUGGGUUUCUGCUACGGACUGUUCCUCCUCAUCAUCACGGCGACUUACCUCGCCUACUUCUCCACGAUGUACAAUUCCGUGAGCCGGAAAGUUGUCUUCGGUAUGGAGUUUGAUGUCUGCACGAAGGACGUAUGCCUUGAACAAGCUCGUUUCUUGGAGUCGACGCUGAACCGGUCCGCGGAACCAUGCGAUCAUUUCUACGAAUAUGCCUGUCAUCUAUGGCCAAAGACAGUAGGCAACGCACUGCCCGAUAAUGCAAGCACUGUUUGGACUGUGCUGAAGAAGAAUAUCUUGAUGGAAAUAGAGGGUGUGCUUGAUUUUGCCAGAAAAAAGAGGGACGUCGCACGCAGCACUGUAGAGAACGCUACUCUCCAUCUCUACAACUCGUGCAUAAAUUGGGGUCGCCGUAAUAAAUUGGGUAUUCUGCCUCUUCGCGACAUCCUCAGCUAUUUGUCCGUAAGGUAUUGGCCUCUGCUUGAUGUGUACGGAGACGAAUACAACGCUUCUCGCCUGCUCAUCCGCAUCCUACACCUAUACAAGUUGGACGUCUUUGUUGCUGUCAGCAUCCAAAGGAGUCUCCGCAACCGAAGUCAAUACCUCUUAAACAUUGAUAACCCCACAUUCGGCAUUCCCGACGGCCUUCUCCGAUUUGACUACCCAGAAAAGAAAGCUGUCCUCUCGCAUUACCACGAUUUCAUCGUACGAGUAGCAAGAUUCUUCCGAACCGACGUACGACUUUCCGCCGUUGCCUGGGAAAUCGUUGGCUUCGAAGUUAACCUGGCAAAGACCAUCGAACCGUUCUUCAGUGAAAAGUCUUUCCUCUGGAGCUCUGCUGUUGUAAAGGUUAUGGACAUAAAGUCCUUGACACCGUGGGUUUGGCUGAUUCGUCGAAUCGCCAAGAGUGCAGGCAUCGAACGUCCCGAGCAACUGUCCGUGGUUCUCUGGAGCAAGAAAUACUUGGAAUACUUGUCUCACCUGUUCAAGCAACCCGUUAUGAGAAGACACCUGAUCAACUACAUGGCAUGGCGCGUGAUCCUAGCCUUGGGACCUGCUACAACCGAGGAAUUCGUCAAUAUUCACCAGGAGUUUUUGAAGCUGAUCGGACUGUCUACGAACGCGCCUCGAAAUGAGCUGUGCUUCCAGGAUGUGCUGACGUUAAUGCCGUAUGCCACGGGUCAGCUUCUAGUCUCCAACUCCAGCGAGAUACAGAGCAACAGCAAGCAGGUUGCUCGCAUGUGUGAACAGCUUCGUGCAACUUUAGCGCAUAAUUUGGGUUACACAGGCUGGCUGUCGCCUCCAACUCGACAGCACGCCAUUAGCAAGGCAAAGGGCAUCACAUAUGUCAUAGCCGAGCAAAACCCUCAAUUUUCUGAACGUUACCAGAACAUAACACUGACAUACACUGAAUUCAAGACCUCCUACGUGGCCAACAUAGUCCGGCUCCUUGUCUUUCGCGCCCAUAAGGAGUGGCAAAAGCUGGGACAUGUCGCCAAGGCAUUCAUCAACGACAUCCCACACUCAUCGACUGACGUUCACUACGACCCAAUCUACAAUAAAAUAGUAAUCCCUGGAGCGCUGUUGCAGCCGCCGAUCUACACUGAUGGCCUCAGUCCUGCAUUCAACUUCGGUUCGCUUGGAUUUAUCAUCGCUUCGAAAAUGAUGAGCUCCCUCAUAUUUGAAGGAAGGUGCUUCGACAAAGAUGGAACGUACACCUGCUGGUGGGACACCGAAACCGUGAUGAACUACUCCAGUUCCGUAGAAGCCUGCUACGACACCGUCUUGGGAUACAGUAACAAGACGGACAUCAACGACUUCCGAAAACAGAUGGUCACGAGCAUGGCAGCCGUUGGAGUGACGUAUAAGGGCUUCAAAGUUUUCAUGCGAAAAUUUGAAGAGGAAUUUGAACACAGCAGCCUCCGGAAUAUCGACAUGACGCAAAAUCAGCUGUUCUUCAUCUCUUUCGCGAUGACGUGGUGUGAAAGCGUGCAACCGGAGUCUCGGAGCAUCUAUGAACUGUCGUCAUCGUCCCCAGGGUCGCAGCUAAGGGUAGAACUGGCGCUGAAGAACUUCGACAAGUUCGGAAAAUAUUUCGCCUGCAAUGACAACCAGAUGAACCCGGAGACUAAGUGCAGCAUCGUUUGAGUGUCCUUGUACAGCCCUGAAAUCUUACGCUUUGCUAAUUUCUAAAUAAAUCCCGCAUUAAGCCUA